CCGAAGGAGCCACGAAGCCCACAGGGAAAUUGAGUCAUGGUGGGCCGGCUUGCAAGAACAUGAAAGCUUUGGGCAAAAAUGGAGAAGGGAAGCCGGUGGACAAGUGUGGGACUUGCUCCUGACUGUUAAUGGUGCCGUAGAUGGGUCCGGUCCCACCUCCCUCUGUUCGGGGGUUAACAUGGCCCCUUAGGGUGGCCCCUGGUUUCUAGUUCCCAGGAGAUUUCAAGGCUGCCCAAUUGAUUCCACACACUCCAGCGGAGGUGUGCAUGUGCUUAUCCUCGAUGGAAGCUAUCGACAUUCUGGAUUAAGAACAACUGAGUCGAUACAAGAACCUGCCCUACUGGCGGUGGAGUAAGGGUCACUCACGGGAACGCGCUUCGUGAACCCGACAGCACUGAACUGCUUUCCUGCUCCAGCAACAUGAGGCUUUUCCUGUGGAACUCUGUCCUGACGCUGUUAGUCACUUCUUUGAGUGGGGCUCUGAUCCCAGAACCAGAAGUGAAGAUUGAAGUGCUCCAGAAGCCGUUCAUCUGCCAUCGCAAGACCAAAGGGGGGGAUUUGAUGUUGGUCCACUAUGAAGGCUAUUUAGAAAAGGAUGGCUCUUUAUUUCACUCCACUCACAAACAUAACAAUGGUCAGCCCAUUUGGUUUACCCUGGGCAUCCUGGAGGCUCUCAAAGGUUGGGACCAGGGCCUGAAGGGAAUGUGCGUGGGAGAGAAGAGGAAGCUCAUUGUCCCUCCUGCCCUGGGCUACGGAAAAGAAGGGAAAGAUCUGGAAUGGCAGCACCACAGCACACAGCGUAAAAUACCCCCAGAGAGUACACUCAUAUUUAACAUCGAUCUCCUGGAGAUUCGAAAUGGACCAAGAUCCCAUGAAUCGUUCCAAGAAAUGGAUCUUAAUGACGACUGGAAACUCUCUAAAGAUGAGGUUAAAGUGUAUUUAAAGAAGGAGUUUGAAAAGCAUGGUGCGGUGGUGAACGACAGUCAUCAUGAUGUUUUGGUGGAGGAUAUUUUUGAUAAAGAAGACGAAGACAAAGAUGGAUUCAUAUCUGCCAGAGAAUUCACAUAUAAACAUGAUGAGUUAUAGAGAUAUGUCUGCUUUAUAUAUAGCAUCCGCCAUUAAAGAGGGGCCGGCCGUCUUUAAAGAAAGUCUCAUUUUUUACCAUUGUUUUGUUCUGUUCUUUGUUUUUUUGUUAUUUUUAUGUAUUUUUCUGAAUGUUAUUUAAAGAACCCCUUGGAUUUCUAAGUACCCAUUUCUUUCUGGUAAGUUAUGGGGAAGGAAAAAAAUGUACUUGUCUUUGACUAAGACGAAUUCUGGACCAUUUUCUAGUUUCACAUAUGAUGUCUUAUGGCCUACUUGUAAUUUUUAACUUAUAACUGGGACCCUGUCCAACGUUAAGUGCAAGUGUAGCAUAAAUCAGCACCGGCGGUUUCUGCUUCCUUCAUUUCCUCUAAGUUAGAUACUGGCAUUUGCAAAGCCUGUUACAGUCACCCAAAGCUUGCUGCUUCCAUGUU